AUGCAUGUCCAGCAGCAAGUCCUCAACUUCUGCCUUCUUUCCCCCCCCAGCUAUUUGCAGCAAAUCCUGCAGCAGCAGCAGCAGCAGCAGCAGCAGCAGCAGCAGCAGCAGCAGCAGGAGCAACAGCAGCAGCAGAAGCAGCAGCAGGGAGGAGACAGCAGCAACAAGCAGAAACACCGAAAAUGCAGCAGCAGCAGCAGCAGGAGCAGAAACAGCAGCAAACAAACAGCGCAGCAGCAGAAGCAGCAGCAGGGAGGAGGCAGCAGGAACAAGCAGAAACACCGAAAAUGCAGCAGCAGCAGCAGCAGGAGCAGAAACAGCAGCAAACAAACAGCAGCAAAGAACACUGCAGCAGCAGCAGCAGCAGCAGCAGCAGCACAGCAACACCAACAACACAACCAGCAGCAGCAACAACGACAACAGCAGGAACAACAGCAACAGCAGCAAUAA